AUGGCAGGGGUGGACGCUCAGUGGGGGCAGCUGGGAAUGUUUGAGUAUUCCUUUGACGACCAAUAUGUUGGAUGCCUCAACCAAAUGGAGGCCCUAGUGCCAGAUUUACUGAGGAAGGAAAGGCAGAAUGACAAGGCAUUGGACAAUGCUUGGAAAAAUGCUUCUGAAACUUGGCUGAUAAAAAAGUCCUCAAUGAAAACUCUUCCUGAGGGAUUUAAAGAUGAACAUGGGAUAGCACUAUUAGUGCACGUCAAUAAUGAAACUAAGUUAAAACACGCUGUAGUGCAAUAUGAAAUGGAUCCCCAAUCAUUCAUGUACCACUCAUUCCAUUUUUACCUCACCAGAGCCUUGACUUUGCUCCGAGCCGGGUGUGAUGGGAAACCACUGACCACCUAUAUGGGGACCAACAUUAUCAGUUAUCCGCCUCUUGGGUCCCUGCACCAUGUCAGACUCGAACAUUUUCUUUCUACAACUGCUGACCUCAGUCUGGCGCAGACGUUUGCAAACGGGUCUUUCUUCAAUAUCACCACAUGCUUCGGGGUAGAAGUACACAACUUCUCCAUUAGACCUUUCGAGAAAGAGGUGGUGAUUCCAGUGAAUGAGGUGUUUCAUGUCUCUGAAAACAUCAAGGAGGGGAACAUAUUCAUCCUGCAGAGCAGUAAGAAGAGGUGCAGCUACUACAACUGUGCCUACCUGGGAGGUAAAUUACUGAGUAAUGAGGUCUAA